ACUAAAAGACUCCGCAAGAGAAGGUUCGAGAUCCCCGCAGGGAACACGGGAUGGACGGUGCGGCGGCUGCGGAUGAUUCGUAUAGCGCAACGGACGGCGGAGAUCCUCUAGCCGAGGUUCUCCGGGGGCGCUCCAAACCCUAGCUCCUGUUCCAAUAAAUGCCGUGUCCCCGUCGGCCCCUUCCCCCGCAGCUCUCUCGCUCGCGCUCUCUAUCUCUCAACCAAGCCGCCUCUCGCCGUCCGCCUCGGUCGAUCGAUCGAUGGAGUUCUGGGGUGUGGAGGUCAAACCUGGGCAAACUGUUAAGUGCGAUCCCGGAGACAUCAAAUGUUUGCAUCUGUCACAGGCAUCACUUGGGGAGACUAAGAAGGGCAAAGGAGACGAAAAUGUGCCGAUCUUUGUGAAAUUCAAUGAUCAGAAGCUAGUCCUUGGAACUCUCUCCGCAGAGAAAUGUGCCCAAAUUUCAUUUGACUUGGUAUUCGAGAAGGAAUUUGAAUUGUCUCACAGCUCAAAGAAUGCCAGUGUGUAUUUCUGUGGGUACAAGGCGAUCAUGCAAGAUGCUUUUGGUUCUGAUGAUGACUUUUCGGAUGACGAAUCUGAUUCUGAAGAUGAUCUGCAGAUUGGCCAAAAAGCAAAUGGCAAGCUCGAUGUCAAGGGUGAGCAGGGCAAGUCUGCCACAGGAAAGGUUGGCAAUAAGGUGGACGCUUCAGCUGCUAAGCCCAAGGCUAAGACAAAGGAAUCAGGAAAGGCUGAUAAGCUGAAGGCAGACGAGGAUGCUGAAGAUGAUGAGGAUGAGGAGGAUGAAGAGGACGAGGAGGAAGAUGACUCUGAAGAAGUAUCUGAUGAAGAUGAGGACUUGGUGCAAGCACUGGGUGACAGUGAUGAUGAAGAUGAGGAUUCAGAGGAGGAAGAUGAAGCUACACCCAAGAAGGCUGAAACUGGCAAGAAGAGACUGGCCGACUCAGCUUUGAAAACACCUGGUUCGGAAAAGAAGGCAAAAAUUGAGAAAACAGGUGCUGUUGGCAAGAAGGGUCAAACUGCAACUCCAGCCCCUGCUAAACAGGCAGGGAGAACACCAGCAGACAGUGACAAAUCGAAGCAGCAGACCCCUAAAUCCUCUGGAUCAGUGAGCUGCAAGUCAUGUUCCAAAACUUUUGGCUCUGAAAAUGCUGUUCAAGCUCAUACAAAAGCGAAGCACAGCGGUGGUAAGUAGGGGAAUUACGGAACCCCUCAGUUUUGUAGUAGUACUCAACGUAGGGAAUGAUCGAAGAGGUACGUGGUUGUGGCGUGGUAGGGUUGGGAAUUGGGUUCUGCUUUGAGUUCCACCGGCUGGGAGGCAAAAGACCUGCGACCAGCAAUGCCAUUUUUGAGUUUAAAUUGUUACUGUUAAACCCAGUCUUGUUAUGCAACAUUUAAAAAUGCUUUAAUGCUUUCUUAAGGAUGAUGUUUUUUAUA